UACGUUUAUAAACACUAAAGGCAAGAAGAAGAACCGUGGAAAUCAUAUGACUCGAUCGAUAGAGAAAAAAGUUGGAAUUUUCACUUGAAAACUCGCCCCGAUUGGACUGGAAGACUCCACGCUUUUCGCCCAACACAGCUAACAAAGGCACAGCCGAAGGAACUCUGCCCAGGCGCUUCUGCUGCUUUUCUUUUCGCUUCCACGCCAGCCAGUUUGUGUUUUCGUGAGCCGUGUGCCCGUGUGUGUGCGAGUGCCAGUCAUCAGUCAUCCAUUCAACGCUCGUUCAGUGUCAGGGAUCAGGGAGUACCAAUUGCAAGAUGAACAGCUCGGGAUUCAUGUUCAACAUCGACAACGGCUAUCUGGAGGGCCUGUGCCGCGGCUUCAAGUGCGGAAUCCUCAAGCAGGCGGACUACCUGAAUCUGGUUCAGUGCGAGACCUUGGAGGACCUCAAGCUCCACCUGCAGGGCACCGACUACGGCAGCUUCCUGGCCAACGAGCCCUCGCCGCUCUCCGUGUCGGUAAUCGACGACAAGCUGCGCGAGAAGCUGGUGAUCGAGUUCCAGCACAUGCGCAACCAUGCCGUCGAGCCGCUGUCUAACUUCCUGGACUUCAUCACCUACGGGUACAUGAUCGACAACAUCAUCCUGCUGAUCACCGGCACCCUGCACCAGCGCCCCAUCUCGGAGCUGAUCCCCAAGUGCCAUCCCCUGGGCAGCUUCGAGCAGAUGGAGGCCAUCCACGUCGCCUCCACGCCCGCUGAGCUGUACAACGCCGUGCUGGUGGACACUCCGCUGGCCCCGUUCUUCGUCGACUGCAUCUCCGAGCAGGAUCUGGACGAGAUGAACAUCGAGAUCAUCCGCAACACGCUCUACAAGGCAUACCUGGAGGCCUUCUACAACUUCUGCAAGAACAUGGGUGGUGCCACCGCCGAUGUCAUGUGCGAGAUCCUUGCCUUCGAGGCCGAUCGCCGGGCCAUCAUCAUCACCAUCAACUCGUUCGGCACCGAGCUGUCCAAGGACGACCGCGCCAAGCUCUACCCCAACUGCGGCAAGAUGUACCCCGACGGACUGGCCGCCCUGGCCCGCGCCGACGACUACGAGCAGGUCAAGACCGUGGCCGAGUACUACGCGGAGUACGCCGCCCUGUUCGACGGCUCCGGCAACAACCCCGGCGACAAGACGCUGGAGGACAAGUUCUUCGAGCACGAGGUGAAGCUGAACGUGUACGCCUUCUUGCAGCAGUUCCACUUCGGCGUCUUCUACGCGUACCUCAAGCUCAAGGAGCAGGAGUGCCGCAACAUCGUCUGGAUCGCCGAGUGCGUCGCCCAGAAGCACCGGGCCAAGAUCGACAACUACAUACCCAUCUUCUAAGCGCCCUCCGGACCGCCCCGGCCCGCCCAUAAUGUUAUAAUGUUUACUUUUUUUUUUAAUGACCUACCUUCCGCGUCUUCGUGUUUUUUUUGUUCGUCUCCCCCCCCUCCCACCACCUUGUUAUGCAAUUGUUUAAUGUAUAUUAUAUUACGGCCACUGUCUCCGGAAGCGUGUAUGUAGUUUUGUUGUACGAGUAUUAUUGUCGGCCCGGCAGCCCGACAGCCCCGCCGCACUUCCGACGGAUACAGCCCCCCACGGACAUACCCCAUAGUAAUGUACAGCCCAUGCGUGGGGGCGACCUCCCAGGUGUCCCUUCCAGGGCUCCGUGCUUCUGUAUAUAUGUAUUACCGCCGAACGGAUCGGACAGUUCAGUGCCGAGGAGGGGCGUCAGCACCAUAUGUUAACUACUAUAUAGAAUGCAUAAACUACAUACAUAUGUGAAUGAUAAAUCAAUUAUUAAACAUGUUUUCAAACAUUCCCUUAAAA